AUGCUCUUUAAGGGGGGGGUGCUGUCCUCAGUGGGCUGGCAGCACCACCCGCCCAGGCACGCUGCAGCGCGUGCCGCCCUUGGCGUGCAGGCCGCCCAUGCCACCCUAGGCAUGGCGCCCCCGCAUAUGCCACCCUCAAGCCCACGACACGCUAAUGCGAAGAGAGCACGCCCGCGACACCGUGGGGAGCCCUCGCACGCAACAGCAGUCACCCCGUGCCCCGUACACGCUGCACCCCGGACGCGUCCCAUGCCCCCCAUGCGGACACGCCCUCCCCCCCCAUGCAACGAGUGCCCUCCCCGCGCACUCGGCCCCGUCCCUCCCCGUCUCGGCUCGACCCCUCGAGCGAGCAUGUUGCCUCGGAAAAACGUGCCAAUGGCCAACGUCGCGGCUCGCCCCGGGGGGCUCACCCAUGCCUCCCGCCCGACGCUGCCCAUCAAAAGGCACACGGACGCCCCUCCCCCCAUGCAACGAGUGCCCUCCCCGUGCACUCGGCCCCGUCUCGGCUCGCCGAGGAGCCCUCGAGCGAGCAUGUUGCCUCGGAAAAGCUUGCCAAUGGCCAGCGUCGCGGCUCACCCCGGGGGCUCACCCAUGCCCCCCGCCCGACGUUGCCCAUCGAAAGGCACACGGAUGCCCCUCCCCCCCAUGCAACGAGAGCCCUCCCCGGGUGCUCGGCCCCUCGUCUCGGCUCGUCGAGGAGCCCUCAAGCCCUCGAGCGAGCAUGUUGCCUCGGAAAAAACGUGCCAGUGGCCAACGUCGCGGCUCACCCCGGGGGCUCACCCAUGCCCCCCGCCCGACGUUGCCCAUCGAAAGGCACACGGAUGCCCCUCCCCCCCAUGCAAGGAGUGCCCUACCCGGGUGCUCGGCCCCCCGUCUCGGCUCGUCGAGGAGCCCUCAAGCCCUCGAGCGAGCAUGUUGCCUCGGAAAAAACGUGCCAGUGGCCAACGUCGCGGCUCACCCCGGGGGCUCACCCAUGCCCCCCGCCCGACGUUGCCCAUCGAAAGGCACACGGAUGCCCCUCCCCCCCAUGCAACGAGUGCCCUCCCCGGGCACUCGGCCCCGUCCCGGCUCGUCGAGGAGCCCUCGAGCGAGCGUGUGUUGCCUCCGAAAGGAGCCAGACGCAUCGUCGCCAUGCCUAUAUCGGUCCUACGAAGGCUUCACUCGUUGCUCCCGUGUGCUGGUCAGGAGUCGCCUCCGGACGAGUCGCGGUUCGACGCGUGA